GCAUCCCUUGUCAAUGUUGAUAAAAUCAUAAAAUGGCAGAUUGGGAAGAAGUCCGUAGAUUAGCAGCUGAUUUUCAAAAAGUUCAACUAUCCUCAGCCAAACAAAAACUCUCAGAACGCAAUGUGAUAGAAAUAGUUUCAAAGCUUGUGGAACUUCAUUUGAUUGAUGUUCUUUACACCUCCGAUGGCAAGACGUACCUGACACAUGAGCAGCUUGCUAAAGAAAUUAGAGAUGAGCUCAUUUACAAUGCAGGAAGAAUUAAUCUGGUUGAUCUGCAGCAGCUGCUAAAUGUUGACUACAGCCACAUCGAGGCCAAAGUCAAUGAUAUGGUCAAACAUGACGGCCAUCUAACCCUAGUCCUUGGUCAGCUCAUAGAUAAUUCUUACAGAGAGCGCUUGGCCGAUGAGAUUAAUGACUUACUUCAAGAGAAAGGUCAUGUGACUAUUAUAGAACUAACAAAGUCUUAUGAUUUGCCUGCAGAUUUUAUUCGAGAAGUUAUAGAUUAUUACUUAGGCAAACGAAUCAAAGGUCAGAUAGACAGCUAUGAAAGGGACAUAGUUUUUACAAAUGCAUUUGUGAAUCGAAUGAAGGCACAGAUACGAGGAGCUCUCUCUGCAGUUACUGUACCAACAACUAUUGGACCAGUCAGACAGAGUGUUGGUUGCCAAGAACAUCUUUUUCAUUCUAUUCUUGAAGAGUUAAUUUCAAGUGGCUGUCUGGCUGGCAGUCUGUCUGGAAGCCGCCAAGACAAGUCCCAGUUCUUGCCCGACAUCUAUACUAGAACACAGAGUGAUUGGGUCGACUCUUUUUACAAGCAAAAUGGAUAUCUUGAGUAUGAUGCUAUGACUCGUUUGGGCAUCUCUGACCCUAAAGGUUAUAUCAAGAAAAAAUUCAAAUCUGAGCCUAUAGUUUUCCUCAGUUCUUGCUGUGUGGGUCCAGGAAUAUCAGAGCAAGUUAGCUAUACAGUAGAUGAGAAUCUGAACUUGGGUGGCUGGGUCGACAUAUUAACAGUUCUCCCAUCAGUUCUGAGUCGUAAAGAUGCAUCAGAUCUGUUGGCAUCAUGCUUGAAGGCCAAAGGCAAUGUCAUUGUCUGUGACUCUACCAUCGUGGCCAGUGAGAAGCUGGUGUCGCAGAGUAUGCCCGCUUUCAGUGAAAUCAUGACAGAGAAAGCUGAAAAAGCUGCUAAAUCCCAUAUGUCUGUAUUAACCAGUGAGCCUGGUCCAACUAGCCAGGGAAGUGUUAAAAUCACAGGUCUAGAUGAUGGCAGUUCUGCCAGGGAGGAUAAGAAAGAACAGAGGAGGAAAAAAGCAGCAACUGCGGGAAGCUCCAAGAAAGAAGGUACAGGGGGCAGAGAGGUGAAAAUGAAGUCGACGAAGAAGAAAGGUAAAGGGAGAGAGGUGGAGGAAGAGUCAGAAGAAGAAGCACCCACUCAGCCAGCAGCCAAAGGAAAGGCCACGAAAGAAACUGCCCAGGAGCAGAGGUUUAUGAGUGUCAAUGAGAUUCAAGAAGUUUUGAAAAAGCAGCCUCAUCUAAAAGAAUGCCCAUCUCAACUUCUAACUGAGAUAGCCACCCAGUUACACAGACCACUAACACGGCAGUAUCAGGAGGUGGCCAAGUCUAUUUUUAUCAAAUCCUCUGGGACAGACAGGAAGAAAACAGCUGUAGAAGUUCAAGAUAAAAUUAAUGGCCUCUGGGUUAACACUCAUUUGUUUGAAAAAGGAAUCAAACUAUUUGAAGAAGCUGUGCAGAUAAAUCUAGUCAAACAUUUGUUAAAGACCGUCUGCUCAGAUCUAGCUAACACAGUUGUCCUAGCACUGGCCAGUGAUAACAUGGUCAGCGUGACCUCUGAGGAAAAUUUAACCCCUGAGGCAAGGCUUCGACUCAUUAGCACAUUGCCCAAGGAAAGCCAGGAUCCACUCAGCAGACUUCAUGUAACAUUGAAUGGCCACAGCCUAGAGGAUUUCUUCCACCAGCUGGAGCUUUUAUGCGGCCCUCACCACUUAGGAAUUUUAUUGAAAAAACCUGACAAAAGAAAAGAGAGGCAACUUGUGUUCAAUCAUCGCCUGAGCCUUGUUGAACAGCUCAAGACAGAGACAGACCCUGCAAUGGGCCUCCACUUGGCUGUGGUCCUCCUCUUCCAGACCAUGACCCAAUGUAUGCUACACAUCCCAGGUCGCCUUGUCCCUAGUGUUAUUCAUCACCUAACAUCACUUGUGGAUGCGGAGAAGAUGGCUGUCUUGACUCAAAUGCAAGAUCUGAUUGUAAAACAGCAUAAGAUGAGGUCUGACCAGGAGCACCAUGACAAUGAACUGGAGGACCAAGUCACUAAAGAAAUGAACACCCUGUUGGCUUCUGUCAAAGACAUUGCUCUUAACACUAAGAAGGCAUCAGCUGCAGCAGAGGAUUAGUGGAUUCCUUUUUUUUUUUGAAUAGCAAUAGACCUGAAGCUUGGUUCUGUAUUUGGCUGUGACCAGUCCAGUGCCAUGACUGUUGACUAUGAAUGUUUUAUUGCAUUAUUUGAACUGGUGUGGGUGACAUUGGCAAGUGUUAGAACAGAAUGUGUCUAAAGAUUUGUUCAGUUAAAGUUGUAUAUUUGCCAGAGAGGAAGCAGAUGUCAUAUUUAUUGUCUUAGUUAGUUUAUAUUGUUUUAUAUUUAUAGAAUUUAAUCUGAAACUGAAACUAACUGUUGAAAGUUCACCUUCUCAUUACAUUGUACUUGUCUUUGUGAUUUUGAAUGUAAUACACAUAAAAACAAUAGAGUUUUGGCCCCACAUAUUUAAUGAAAGCAUACUUGAGCAGGUCUGGAUUUAAGAAUGCUGAGGCCUUGUGCAUAUUAGCUAGCAGUCUCCAAUAUUUCAAAGUAGGGUUUUGACCUAUAGCUACUAGUUUUUGUAGUGAUGUGACCUUACUCUGCAAGAUAUAGAGUGUAUCCAUGGCUGCCUGUUAAUCUGAGAUGCUGAAAUAUACUGAGGUAAAUAAACAGAUCAGUGCUGAGCAUCAGUGUACGUAUGACCAUUAAAACUAUGUGACAGAUAUAUUUGCCUCAUGCACAACCAUAUGGUCAGGCCUGACUUGAGAUUCAGCUUUUCUUGGUCACUGAGAUGGUAAUAAGUUAAUAUUUAGCUAUAAUCAAACUGCUGUCAAAUAUUUGUGGUCUUUGCUAACAUUUUUGUUCUUCAAAAAUGCAAUAUAUUUCUUGUCCCACUACAAAUAUUUUUUUACAAUACCUCUAUUCUGCUCGAACCUUAAACCUAAAACUUUUGUGGACACAGAUCUUGAAAAGGGUUCUAACAAUUUUCCUAGAAUUUGACAGUUGGUUUAUAUCAUUGGGAAAAGAAUUACUAGCAUGUUGGCUUCACUGGGAAAAUUAGUUAGACUGUUAUAAUUUUUCAAAGUAUAUAAAGAAAUUAAUUUAAAUUUGGCUAGGGAACUAGAAAAUGUUUAUCUUUAUCAUAGUAUAUGUUUUCAGGUAUUUCCAUAUGUUGGGCCUAUUUGUUCAAGAGUUGAAUACAUUAAUGUUCAGAAACAUUUUGUCUUUUAAAAAAAAAAUUAUUUUUUGUAUGACUAUCUCAUUUUUAGUCUGAUAAAACUUGUAACAUCAAAGUAUGAUGAUGACCAAAGGAUUUGUAAAGAAAAUAAAAAAAAAAAAGAUUAUAUAUAAGACUAUAUUAUAAAUACAUAUAACAUUUAAAAAAAAAAAAGUUAUUUGAUACGCUAUUCGGGUUUUUUUAUUAGAAAACUUGCUUUUCAUUUAUAUAAAUUGAAUUUAAAAAAAAAACACUAUAAAUUUAUGGCAGUAUUUUGUAAAUAGAAAUAAAAGAAAGCCAUAACCAGAUAAUUGAUUUUCAAUGUCCAUUGUCUACAGCCAAAGCUUCACUUGAUGCAUGCUGCAUACAUGUUGACUUCAUUACUUGUUUUUGUCAGUUUAAAAGUGAUUGAAUAAGAUUCAAGUUAAUGUGUAGCUAAUUAUAUUUUUAAAAAAAAUGUGUGUUCAUCUUUUAAAAAAAUCUUUUUUGAGUUGGGGAAGAGCAGGGUACAGUACUAUAGAAUCUUUCGUACUGACAAUUAUGUUCCUGUUUUUAUAGAUAGAGGAAAGUUGUUUUUUUUUUAGUUGUUUUUUUUAUAUUUUCUUUCUUUGUUUUGUUUACUUAGACAUUUUUAUCUUAACAUGUUACUAAGUGACAGAAAGCAUGUUGAAUCUUAUUUUUACUUUGUUGGACUUGUUGCAUAUCUUUGAUGUAUGACAAGGGAUUGGAUUAUUUGGGGCUGAGGCUUUAUUGUAUAUAUGGCAGCAUCACAUCGAUCAAUCUUUGAGAGGCCAAUAUUGCAAAAUUUGAAAGAAUGUUGACAAUAAAAUAAACAAAACAAUUUUAUGCUUAA